UUAAAAAAAAUUAUUAUGGCAGAACUGCAAGACGACUUUCUGACAUGCUACGACGUGUUAGAAAGCGUUGGGAACUUCAUGGCAUCCGUCCUAGUUGGAUAGGAGAAGAAAUCUUUCGGGAACUUCUUAAAUAUUGGGAGAGUGAUGAGUUUGCGGCCAAAUCUGAAAAUGCAAAGAAGAUGAGAGCAUCUGAAAAGGGUGGUUGCCUUAAUGCUGUUGGAAGUAUAAGCACUGCUGAGCAUGUUCGUCGCAUGACUAAGGAAUUAAAUAGACCUCCACUUAUGACCGAGCUGGUUGCGAGGACUCGGAAAAAGAAAACAGGAGCUUUUGUUGACAGUCGUACACAAAAAGCUAUGGAUGAUUAUCAGGCAUUGCUUGUACAAUUUCUGACUGUUAAUCCUAAGUAUACUCCAAGACCGGGAGAGCCGCUUCAUCCAGAUUGGCGUGAUAUUCACGUCACUACUGAGGCUUUUUUUUGUAGUGACUUUCCAAGAAACUUGGAAAAGCCGCAAAUCCAUUUGCCAUUACCGUCCCGAACAACACCACCACAACCUGAAUAA